GUUCCACCUGGCUGAUCUAGAAUAACAAGCUGUGUUAUUUUUACUCCCGUUCUCAGAUAUUUAUUUAUUCCUGAGAGCUGGCCCUUUUCUGUUUUCUCUGCGGGUGUGAAAUCGAGGAGUUUUGUGUUAACAGUGCAACUCUCCGUCUCGUUUCUCUUUUUCAAAUGCAGAUUGGGUUGUUAAUAUACCAGGGAGGUGUGGGUGCAAGUGUGUGUUGUUCAGGGUGACAUUCCCCCAGUCCGGGGAUCUCUGGCUCGUUUUUUGUCAGGACUUGGAGGAAGAAAUACACUUGACUCAACUUUUUUUUUUUUUUCAAUCUGUGUGGUUGAGAGUCCGAGCCAAGGGGCUCUUGUUGCAAUUCGAUUCAAUGUUUUCAAAAUCUGGAACUGAUUUUCAUGGGGAGUAUCCCUUUCCUUCGCUCCAACCUAUGGAUUAUUUCAAACUUUCUUACUCGGCUUGAAGGCAGGAACCGAUCGCACGUUCUCACCUUGCUUUCUGCCCCUCUGGAAUUUCGAUCUCUCGCUAUGCAAGGCAGACAGUGAGAGGAAGUCGCCGCUUAAGGUGCGCUUUGAGACGGAUACAAAGUCAAGACAAGCUGCGUGGUUUUAUUUUAUUUAUUUAUCAAUUUAUUAAAUUUGUUUUAACAAAAGUUUGGGAUUUUAAUCGUCGGAGCGUUGCAUUUAUUUUUUCGUUUUAAGGGUCCCCGUCCUCUCCCCCCCCAGCCCCCAUCCCCAUCCCCGUCCCCCCACAUAUUUGGCUUUUCAUUCUCUGCUCUUUUCCUCCCUUUGUUCCUUUCAUUUCCUUCUUCUGGUGGAGCAGCCGUCUUGUGAUCUUGGGGUUUGAGGAACACCGAAACAACCCCCGGGAUGAGCCGAGCCUGGAGGUUGCCCCUGAGUGUGUGCCUGCUGGCCGCAGUGGCCCAAGCCCUCAACCCCUUUGCGGUGCAGCAGAGCCAGCCAGACCCCUGCUACGAGGAAAAUGGAACUGCCCGGCGAUGCAUCCCAGAAUUUAUCAACGCUGCUUUCGGGAAGGAAGUCCAGGUAUCCAGUACCUGCGGCCGCCCAGCUUCCCGCUCCUGCAGCAUCACGGAGCGAGAAGAGCGUCCGGCGGUCCGGUCUUGCCAGGUAUGCGAUGCCUCGGAGCCCAGGAGAGCCCACCCUGCCUCCUACCUCACAGAUCUCAACUCCGCCCACAACCUAACCUGCUGGCAAUCUGAGAACUUCCACCACUCCCCACAAAAUGUCACCUUGACCCUGUCUUUGGGAAAGAAAUUCGAGAUCACUUACGUCAGCCUCCAAUUCUGUUCCCCUCGCCCUGAAUCCUUAGCCAUCUAUAAAAGCAUGGAUUACGGACGAAACUGGACUCCUUAUCAAUUCUACUCUUCUCAGUGCCGGAAAAUGUAUAACCGUCCUAACAAGGCAGCGAUUACCAAACAGAAUGAGCAGGAGGCACUCUGUACAGAUGGGCACACGGAUCUCUACCCACUUUCCGGUGGGCUGAUUGCAUUUAGCACCCUCGAUGGUCGCCCAUCCGGUAAGGAUUUCGACAACAGUCCCGUGCUGCAAGACUGGGUGACAGUGACGGACAUCCGAGUGGUGUUUAGCCGGCCGCACUUCCCUCGGGAGCCGGGCGGAGGAGGGGGAGGGAAGGACGAGGACCCAGCAGCCGGAUCCUAUUUCUACGCAGUUGGGGAGUUCCAGGUGGGAGGCCGCUGCAAGUGCAAUGGGCACGCCGCCCGCUGUAUGAAAGAGAAGGAAGGGAAGCUGGUGUGCGACUGCAAGCACAACACGGAGGGACCCGAAUGCGAUCGCUGCAAACCAUUCCACUACGACCGUCCCUGGCAGAGAGCCAGCAACCGUGAGACCAACGAGUGUCUGGCCUGUAACUGCAACCUGCAUGCACGCCGCUGCAGAUUCAACAUGGAGCUGUACAAGCUGUCCGGUCGCAAGAGUGGGGGGGUCUGUCUGAACUGCCGUCACAAUACAGCGGGGCGCCACUGCCACUACUGCAAGGAAGGCUUCUACCGAGACCUUACCAAAACCAUCACUCACAGGAAGGCUUGCAAAGCUUGUGACUGCCACCCAGUGGGUGCGGCUGGAAAGACAUGCAACCAGACAACGGGCCAGUGCCCCUGCAAGGACGGUGUGACGGGCAUCACCUGCAACCGCUGUGCCAAGGGAUACCAGCAGAGUCGCUCGCCAGUGGCACCCUGCAUCAAGAUCCCAGUGAUCAGCAGCACUGAAGCUGUGGUCAGCAGUACAGAGGAGCCUGCAGAUUGUGAGUCGUAUUGCAAACCAGUCAAGGGAAACCUGAAGAUCAACAUGAAAAAAUACUGCAAGAAGGAUUAUGCUGUGCAGGUAAACGUUCUCGACAUGGAGACCGUAGGAGACUGGGCUAAGUUUUCCGUGAAUGUGGUCACUGUCUACAAGAGCCGAGGUGACCCCAUCAAGCGAGGUGACCACUUCCUGUGGAUCCACAUGAAGGACCUGGCCUGCAAGUGCCCCAAGAUCCAGAUGAGCAAGCGCUUCCUGGUCAUGGGAUCCACCGAGGGGCCGUCGGAGCGAGCCGGGCUGCUGGCAGACAAGAACAGCCUGGUGAUCCAGUGGAGGGACGUUUGGACACGCCGACUGCGCAAGUUCCAGCGCAAGGAGAAGAAAGGCAAAUGCGACAAGGCGUGAUGAAGCCCUCACACCCAUCCCUCCUGCGGAAAUAUUAAGGACAAAGAUUGACUGUAUGUCGCUUGCCUUUAAGGACCACUGUGUAUAUUGUAUCAUUUUACGUGUGUUUUUUGUUCUUUUUUUUUUUGUCGGUUUUUAAAUUGGUCUGCCUUGAAAAGGGACCUUUUAAAAACUUUCUCAAUCCUCCUAUUGAACGACAUAAGAAAUCUAAAUGUUUCUGCACCGCUUACUUUUCUGUCCGCGUUUGGACUGGACUGUUUUUACAAGGACGACUGGCUUUCAAAGGGGCAUGAACUGUGUUACCCAGAGAGGGGUAUGGAUUCCUAAUAGUAAACAUAAAAGCAGAAGCUCUCCCCCCCCACACACACACACACUCUAAAAUACCCUAGAAGUAUCUGAGGAAGGUCUUAUUAUAUAUGAAACAUUGGCCAAAUUAGUAUGCCUUUACUGCUCCAAAUGGGUUUUAAAAUACAAAUCUAAGGAGCAAGAAGUACAAACAUGAAAUCCAAAUGGCUUUUUCCAAUAACUUCAAUUUCUAUACAGUCAGGCCUUUUGAAUGUCACUUCAAAUGGAUUCAGUAAUAAGAGUGACAGUAAUCAGAGUUGGCUGACCAAUAAAAUAAGCAUUACAGCACAAAUAAGGUAUUGCUGCAGGUAUUGCGUUGAUUACAGCGGUGUUCAUUAACACAAUUUCUAUAUUUCAAUAUUCAGCAAACCUGCACGUUGCAGUGUUCUGCAUGCCAUAUUGUUCUACCGUACUCUGCAUGUUGGAACAUUCCAAUACUAAAACUUUGAACCUUAUCUUUUUAUUUCCCAAAGUGAUAUUAAGUGGGGUGGAAAGUGAUCAAUGGGAUAUUACUUACUGCUUCUUCUAUGUUACAUACUAUUUAUUCUCCAACGUUAUUAAAGAUUUCUGCAGUGUUUCAAAAUGUGGGUUUUGAAUUACUGUCCAACCACAUCAUAAUAAAGAUGAAGGGAAGAAAGAAAAAGCCAUUAAAAUGCCAUUUCUGUGCUUCCUGCUCUUUAAAUAUCAGUUACUGUGCAGUAUAUAUUUGGAGACACACUAACGGGUGUUAAGUCAACAUUAAAAACAGAAAGCUUGGUGCUGCCUAUAAUGAAAACAUUUUUUUUUUAAGAUUAUGAUUUAUUAUAUAGUACUCGUGACGAUUUUCAUUUGGGUAAUCUGAACUAUCUGUUAGAUGUACAGUAUUAAUUGUGAUUAUUGAUAGAAUGCUAAUUUACUGACAAAAUCCCCCUCUUGACUUUUUGUAUAAAUUAUAUCUGUUUUAGUGAAUACCAGGGAUAUUUCUCUAUAACAAUAGAUUGUUCUUUCUAAUAA